AACAGAAUCAAUAAAACUUUAACCAUUAUUGGCUAACAAAAAUAAGCUCAAUUAGUGUCGGUUGCUUGGCUUAAUAAUUAUUGUUUGUUUGUGAGUCUCUUUCAUAGUUUCAUCCCAUUGAUAUGGUCCAAGAGAGUGGGUACAAGGCAAGAAAUUAAAUUCGGAAUACGAUGGUGAUUAUCCAAAUUAAAAUGUGAAAAUUGCACAGUUUAGAUACUGCUGUGGGAUUCUUUACCACUUUCUUCUAAUGGAGAAUGUGAAAGCUGAAGAGAUGCCUCAUUCGGAACCAUCUUUAUCCACUGAUGAUAUUCAUCAUGCUUCAAAUGAAGCUUCAACUAAUACCAUCAGUAAUGGGAAAAGUGAAUCUGAUUAUCAGUUAUCAGUGAUGGAGAGCUCCAAACCAGCCUCUUUGCAAGAUGCUUCUGAGGUCCCAAUUUUAGUACAAGAGAGUAACUUCCCAGUAGAAAGUAUAGCUUCAACUUCAUCUGUUAUUGUUGACCAAACCUGUCCAGAUCAUCAAGAGAAUUCUAGAGCUGUGGAAAAACAGGACAUUUUUAAUGAAUCUGGCACUUCUGGUGUUAAUAUUGAUGACGUGAUUUCACACCCUGCUUCCUCAACAAAGGUGAUAGAUUCUACAAGUGGCCAUGAAGCACCACCCAAUGAUCUUACUCAGCCCCAUAAAGAUGUCACUAUUGUUGCUGCUGGAUCUGUACACAAUACUGAUACUUCUGAUGCACAGCAAUCUUUGUCCUCUCAAACCAUUGACAAUACUGACGUCAAUGCUGGCAACACAAUGUUGCCUCCUGUUUCCCCUGUUAAGACAGCAGAUUCUGAUAUUAGCAAUCAUUCACCAUCAAAUGAAUUAAUGCAGCUCCAUCCUAUGGACAGUGCUGUUGCUGUUGAAUUUCUUGAAGAAGCUUCUGAUAGACAGCAACCUCAAGAUGGUAGUUCUGUUGCCAGCACUCAGGUUAAAAUUGAUGAUGGGGCCAUAGCUCCCAUUGCUUCUCCCGUUUCCUCUCCCACGGUAGCAAGAAAGGUGAAUGACCACCAUGUAGCACCACUUCAUGAGCUUAUUCUUCCCCACCGCAAGAUUGGCCUUUCGGUUGGAUCACCUAAAUCUAUUACUCCCAAGCAUGUUACAAGAGGUCUUAUUGAUACAGCAGCUCCUUUCGAAUCUGUUAAAGAAGCUGUGUCCAAGUUUGGGGGAAUUGUUGAUUGGAAAGCACAUAGAGUGGAAACUGUGGAGAGACGCAAGCUUGUUGAACAAGAACUUGAGCAAGUACAAGACGAGAUUCCUGAAUAUAAGAAACGGUCAGAUGAUGCUGAAGAGGAAAAGAAGCAAGUGUUGAAAGAGUUGGACAGCACAAAGAGACUUAUAGAAGAGCUAAAGCUCAGUCUGGAGAGAGCACAAACAGAAGAACAUCAGGCAAAACAAGAUUCUGAGCUAGCCAGGCUUAGGGUGGAGGAGAUGGAACAAGGGAUUGCUGAUGAGGCUAGUGUUGCAGCAAAGACACAGCUUGAGGUUGCUAAAGGCAGGCAUGCAGCUGCAGUUUCAGAAUUGAAAUCUGUUAAAGACGAAUUGCAAUUACUGCAAAAAGAUUAUGCUUCUUUGGUGAGUGAGAGAGAUAUAGCUAUAAAGAGAGCUGAAGAAGCUGUUUCUGCAUCAAGGGAAGUUGAGAAGACAGUGGAGGAAUUGACUAUUGAGCUGAUUGCUACAAAGGAGUCCUUAGAGUCUGCGCAUGCUGUCCACCUGGAGGCAGAAGAAAAAAGAAUUGGAGCAGCCAUGGCCAAAGAUCAAGAUACUCACUUUUGGGAGAAGGAAUUGAAACAGGCAGAAGCAGAGCUCCAGAAACUUAAUCAGCAAAUUCAUUCAACAAAAGAGCUAAAGUCAAAACUAGACACAGCUUCAGCCUUGCUUCUCGAUUUGAAAGCUGAAUUGACAGCUUACAUGGAAUCUAAGGUCAAGGAGGAUACUAAUGAGGAGCAAACCCAUACCGAUAUACAGGCUGCAGUUGCUUCAGCAAAGAAAGAACUGGAAGAAGUGAAGCUGAAUAUUGAGAAAGCAACUGAUGAAGUGACUUGCUUGAAGGUGGCUGCCAAUUCACUAAAAUCAGAGCUUGAAACAGAAAAAUCAGCUCUUGCCACCAUUAGGCAGAGAGAAGGAAUGGCAUCAGUUGUAGUUGCAGCUCUGGAAGCAGAUUUGGAGAACACUAGGUCAGAAAUAGCCUUAGUCCAGAUGAAGGAGAAAGAAGCAAGAGAGAAGAUGGCAGAGCUGCCCAAGCAACUACAAGCAGCAGCAAAAGAGGCUGAUGAGGCCAAGGCACUUGCUGAAAUGGCUCAUGAAGAGUUGCGCAAGGCAAUGGAAGAGGUAGAGCACGCAAAGGCUGGAGCUAGUACUGUGGAGAGUAGGUUACAUGCAGCACAAAAGGAGAUUGAGGCUGCCAAGGCUUCAGAAAACUUAGCUUUAGCUGCUAUUAAAGCAUUGCAAGAGAGUGAAUCAGCUCAAAGCACCAAUAAUGUGGAUUCACCUUCUGGGGUAACACUUUCUUUGGAAGAGUACUAUGAACUAAGCAAACGUGCUCAUGAGGCGGAGGAACAGGCCAACAUGAGGGUGGCAGCUGCCUUUGCCCAAAUUGAGGUAGCAAAAGAGUCUGAAAUGAAAACUGUACAAAAGUUGGAAGAAUCCAACAGAGAAAUGACAGAGAGAAGAGAAGAACUGAAAAUUGCAAUGGAUAAGGCAGAGAAGGCCAAGGAAGGGAAGUUGGGUGUAGAGCAAGAGCUAAGAAAGUGGAGGGCCGAACACGAGCAACGGCGGAAGGCUACUGAAUCUAAUUAUGGAGUAAAAUCACCAAGAGCAAGUUAUGAGGGAAGGAAUGAACCUAAGAGUACUGAUGCCACACCAGAAGCCACUGUCUUGCGAAGCCCAAAGGCACAAGUUCCUGUAAGUAACACUGAAACUGAGUCACACCCAGGGACAGCAAAGGCUGGAAAGAAAAAGAAAAAGGGAUUCUUGCCAAGGAUUUUUAUGUUGCUGGGCAGAAGAAAGGCACAUGCAUCCAAGUCCAAGUAAGUGGGCACCAAAACAAUUUGAUUUGUCUUCUGUUGUGAUUUUCCCUCCCUUUUUUGUUGGGAUUGUCACAAAGUGGCCACAGAACGUGGAUAUGGGGUGACAAAUUUUUAUGCUGAGUGUAAAUUUGAGUAAUUAUUUGAUGUAUGAUGAAGUUGGAUUAUACUUCUGCUUACAGAGAGUGGGUUUGGAGGUAAUAAGAUGUUUCUGUAUAUGCUUGGCUUUGUGACUUUCAAACUUCAACCCUUGUAAGAUUGAAUUGAUGCAAGUUUUGUCUUUGAAAUUGUCUACUUGCAGGCUGCUCUGGUCAUGUAAAAUUGCCUGUAAGGAAUCAUAGAUAAUUCCCUUUUUCCAAUUCAUUCUGGAUGGCAUGAUGUGAAAGGAUUUUGUUUCAGUUAAAACACUGUAAAGAACUGAAAUCAUGAAACGCAGUUUUUCCUGAAAUAUACAGAUAGUCGUAUA